UGGAUAAAUACCCUUAGAUAAGCCAUAAUAGCUCAGAAAACCAUGCUUCCCUUCCUUGCCUUAGCAUUGCUGGUUGCCGGAGCUUCCGGCUGCGGUGUCCCUGCCGUCCAACCCGCUGUAUCCCGAGUUGUAAACGGCGAGGAAGCUGUGCCAAACAGCUGGCCCUGGCAAGUUUCCCUUCAGUACAUAUACAAUGGCUACUGGUACCACACUUGUGGAGGGUCCCUCAUAGCCGCAGACUGGGUCUUGACAGCUGCUCACUGUAUCAGCUCUUCCAACACCUACAGAGUACAAGUCGGCAGACACAACCUGAGACAGUUUGAAGAACAAGCCCAGACAAUCAGUGUGGUUAAACUCUUUAAUCACCCAAAAUGGAACCAAAAUCUUCUGGCCAAUGGAAAUGAUAUUUCUCUCAUUAAGUUGGCAAGUCCUGUGGUCUUCAGUGAUGCUGUCAGCGUUGGUUGUCUGCCCCCUGCUGGCUUCAUCUUGUCACACAACGUAGGCUGCUAUGUUACAGGCUGGGGUAAUGUACAAACCGGUGGCCCCGCCCCAGACGCUCUCCAGCAAGGUCUUUUAUUGGUUGUUGAUUAUGCUACCUGCUCUAAGUCUGACUGGUGGGGAAGAAGUGUGAAGACCAACAUGAUUUGCGGUGGAGGAGAUGGCAUUAUCUCAAGCUGCAAUGGUGACUCUGGUGGACCCCUAAACUGCAGGAAUGAUAGCGGCGCAUGGGAGAUUCAUGGAGUGGUCAGUUUUGGCUCUUCUCUUGGCUGCAAUUAUUACAAGAAGCCCUCUGUCUUCACUCGUGUCUCUGAGUACAACAGCUGGAUCAGCCAGACUAUUGCAUCCAACUAAACUUCACUGGAAAUCCUGACACAGAAUACACAAUAAUACUUAUUAGCGUUAAUAUUAACUUUAAAGCAAAUGAUAUUUGUUCAUUUCCCAUAAGUAAUAAAAGCAUCAUUUUACA